ACAUGCCACACGCGCUCUAACAUGUUAACGCGCUUAAAAUAGAGACAAAACUCGUGUAUCUCUUUCUUCCACCAUUUUCAUCUCUCUCUCGAAGCUUCGUCAAUGCGUUAUCUUCUCUAAACUCCAUUGAUUCCCGAUUCCAUUCCUUCUCCGAAUCCAAGAUCCAAUCAAUGGCCGUCAUCCCCCGAUCAGAUCCACCUCCACGAAUCCACCCCCAACCCCAACCCCAACCCCUAGAACAAACCGACCACUUCGAUCGUCUCCCAGACUCAGUCCUCCUCCUCGUCCUCAACAGAAUCGCCGACGUCAAAUCCCUCGGCCGAUGCCGCGCCGUCUCCCGCAGAUUCCACUCCCUCGUUCCCCAAGUCGAAAACGUCGUCGUCCGCGUCGACUGCGUCAUCUCCGACGAGGAUAACUCCUCCCUCUCCUCGAUCAAACCCCCCUCCGCCGCGUCCUCGUCUUUCUCCGCCGUGUUUAGCCUCGUCGUCGGCGGCAUUGUCAAGCCGUUGCAAGCUUUAGGUCAAUUACUCGGCACAACGAGCAGAUCUUCUUCUCUUUCUACGAGUGGAGAGAUCGAGCAAGGCGGCGUCACGCACCAUUCUCCUACGCAGGUUUUGAGAAACUUCGAUGAGAUUCUUUACCUCCGCAUCGAGCUACCUAGCGGCGAGCUCGGGAUAGACGAAGGAGUCUUGUUGAAAUGGAGAGCUGAGUUUGGCUCAACCUUAGAUAACUGCGUGAUUCUUGGCGCGUCUUCAGUGAUUCAACCGAGUCCAAUGCACAUUUCUCAGACGCUUGAAGCUCCAGACGCCUCCGAGGAUAACGGGAGUAUACCGGAAUCGUUUUACACCAACGGAGGUCUAAAGCUGCGUGUUGUAUGGACGAUCAGCUCAUUGAUUGCUGCAUCAGCAAGGCACUACUUGCUGCAGCCUAUAAUCUCAGAGCACAAGACGUUGAAGAGCUUAGUGCUCACUGAUUCAGAUGGGCAAGGUGUGCUUUCUAUGAACAAGGAUCAGCUUGAGGAGCUUAGGGUGAAACCGUUGUUAGCUUCGUCUGCUUCGAAGAGGACUCUUGUGCCUGCCUUGAACAUGAGACUUUGGUAUGCUCCGAGUUUGGUGUUGCCUGAUGGAACUGUGUUGAAAGGUGCGACUUUAGUGGCGAUAAGGCCUAGUGAGUCGAAUAAGGAUGUGUCUGAUGCGAAUUGGGUGUCUUCGGCUUUUGAGGAGCCUUAUGAGACAGCUGCUAAGAUGCUUGUUAAGAGAAGGACUUAUUGUCUAGAAAUGAACUCCUUCUAGCGUGAAGGGUUUAUAAGUACGAUCCUCUAUUCUGCUAAGGUUAAAGACUUAUUGUCUUGCAAUGUUACUUAUAACUUGAUGAUUAGUUAAGCAUUUGUAAUCAUAGAUUGAGAAUGUAAUUUGGGAAUAUGCCUUAUGUUCACGACUUUCUUUGCUGUUUUGAUUGAUGGGGAGAAGGAGAAGAAGAGAAUGAACUAAAUCCAGUUUUGAUGAAUGAUGAAUCAAGAAACCAAUCUUGUUGCCUACUACAUCUGCUAGCAAAUUUUUUUCUUGGGAGCAUAUGCUUAUGCAGGAUCACACAGCCAUAUAUCAAAAAAUUACUUAUUAUCAUGUAAGAGCUUUUUUGGCAUGUCAAGUCUUGAGCUUUGUAUACUUUUAUGUGAAUAUUUGUAGGUAUGAGAAAUAUAUUUGCUUGUCAUUAAAAGUUAUUUAAGGGAAAAAAAAACAGAGCAACCUUCUUUUUUA